AGGACAGACUCCAGCGGAGUCAGACUAUCAGCUAUUGGAGAUGGCCCGGCGGUUGGAGAUGUACGGAGUCAGGCUCCACCCUGCUAAGGACCGAGAGGGGACCAAGCUCAGUCUGGCUGUGUCUCAUAUUGGACUGCUGGUGUUUCAGGGACACACUAAGAUCAAUGCGUUUAACUGGUCUAAAGUCCGCAAGCUCAGCUUCAAGAGGAAACGUUUUCUCAUCAAACUCAGACCAGACCUCAAUCAGAGUGCAUACCAGGACACUCUGGAGUUUGUGAUGGCCAGUAGAGACUGCUGUAAGAUCUUCUGGAAAAUAUGUGUGGAGUACCACGCCUUCUUCAGACUGUUUGAGGAACCCAAACCCAAAGCCAAAGCUGUUCUCUUCACCAGAGGGUCCUCCUUCAGGUUUAGCGGUCGGACACAGAAGCAGGUUUUCGAUUACGUCAAGGACUCAGAGUUCCAAAAGGUCCCUUUUGAAAGGAAACACAGUAAGAAGGUGUCCGGCAGCAGCCUGACACCCCAGGAUAGAAAGACAUCCACAGUGCCACAAGAGAGUGUCUCAGUGGACCAGACAGACUCUCCUCUCAGGUUGACCCUCCAGGCCCCGGUGGACGACCCUACAGUGACCAACGGCCACCAGGCUGGACCAGGGGGACCAGAGGCCCAGGCCCUACCCUCCACCACGGGACACCCAGAGCAGCAGAUCUCAGGUCCAGUCCGGCAGGCAGUUGAAGGUGUGAUCUCAGGCAGCCCUCCAGUGAUGGUGAACGGGCAGAAAGCCUUUCCCUUCGGCCCGAGUCAGAGCUCCAACGGGCACCAGCCCUCGCCCAUCAACGCCCAUUCCUCCCCCCUCUCAUCCCCCUUGUUCACUGACGCUGGCUACGUCCGCACGGAUGACGAGGACGAGGUUCGGAGGAAGAAGUGUCCAACUGACAAGGCCUACUUCAUCGCCAAGGAGCUUCUCACCACAGAGAGAACCUUUCAGAAGGACCUGGCAGUUAUAACCGUGUGGUUCCAGGCUGUGCUGGGUAAAGAGGACAUCCUGCCAGACUCAGUGAGGACUCUGAUCAACACCAACUAUGAUCCAGUCUAUCAGUUACACCAGGCCUUCCUCAAGGAGGUGGAGCAGAGGCUGCAGCAAUGGGAGGGGCGGUCCAACGCCCACAUUAAAGGAGACUACCAGCGUGUCGGUGACGUCAUGCUGAAGAACAUUCAGGGGUUAAAGCAGUUGACGUCCCUCCUGCAGCGUCACGGUGAGGUGUUGGUUGAGUUGGAGCGUUCGUGCCGUGCCUCCCAGCGGCUGCAGGAGUUGUGUCGAGAGUUUGAGCAGCAGAAGGUGUGUUACCUGUCCCUGAACAUGUUCCUGCUACGCCCCUUGCAUCGUCUGCUGCACUACAAACUGAUUCUGGAGAGACUCUGCAAACACUACCCCCCACACCAAGACUUCAGAGACAGCAGAGCUGCCCUUGCUGAUAUAUCAGAGAUGGUGCUGCAGCUUCAGGGAACCAUGAUGAAGAUGGAGAACAUCCAGAAGCUUCUAGAACUGAAGAAAGAUCUGACAGGUAUCCAGGACCUGGCUAUACCUGGCAGGGAGUUUAUCAGACUGGGCUGUCUCAGUAAGCUCUCAGGGAAAGGACUACAGCAAAGAAUGUUCUUCCUGUUCAGUGAUUCCCUGGUGUACACCAGCAGAGGUAUGACAGCAGACAACCAGUUCAAAGUUCACGGCCAGCUGCCUCUCUACGGCAUGACAAUCAGGGAGAGUGAGGAUGAGUGGGGAGUUCCUCAUUCCUUCACUCUGUUUGGUCAGCGCCAGUCUGUCGUCGUGGCAGCAAGCUGUGUAUCAGAGAUGGUGAAAUGGAUGGAGGACAUCAGGAUGGCUGUAGUCCUGGUAGAACAGAGUAACAGACCUUCUACUGAUCUACUGUCCACCAGUCGAUCAGACCGCAAGUCUCCAGAAGAGGGCGGUGUGGAGGCUGAGUCAGAGGAGGAGCUGAGUGCGUCUCGUAGCUCAUUGGAGCGUCAGUCAGCACAGAGAGGAAACACGACGGUUCAUGUCUGCUGGCACCGCAACACCUCUGUGUCCAUGGUGGACUUUAGUGUGGCUGUGGAGAACCAGUUAUCAGGUAACCUGCUGAGGAAGUUUAAGAACAGUAAUGGAUGGCAGAAACUCUGGGUGGUCUUCACCAACUUCAGCCUGUUCUUCUACAAGUCACAUCAGGAUGACUACCCUCUGGCCAGCCUCCCGUUGCUAGGCUACUCGUUGACGGUUCCCGCGGAGACAGAGAACAUCCAGAAGGACUACGUUUUCAAGCUCCACUUCAAGUCUCACGUGUACUACUUCAGAUCAGAGAGCCAGUACACCUUCCAGAGGUGGAUGGAGGUGAUCCGUAGUGCUACCUGUUGAGCUAGUCGACCCCUCCUGAGCCAGAGGAAGGAUCCUUACUGACCACGGAGCCAGUGAGGACUAGGAGGACACUGACCAACCCUCUUCUAGUCUGCUCCUUCCUGCCCUUUAGGCCUCUUCUAGACGGCUCCUUCCUGUCCUUUAGGCCUCUUCUAGACGGCUCCUUCCUGCCCUUUAGGCCUCUUCUAGACGGCUCCUACCUGCACUUUAGGCCUCUUCUUUCACCCUGCCCUCUCUUCACCUCUGGAGUACCGGCUCACUUUACUCCAGGUUACUUUACUAACCACCUGUCUGUAUUGCCACAACGUGACCCUUUUGGGUGUAUAUCCUCCUUCUCUCUCUAUAUGAAAACUCACUUUCUCUAAAUACUCUGGCCAUGAGGAGAUAUUCUCCUCCAGGAAUUUACGACCUCUCUGACCACAGCAUCCUGGGUGUAGGAGACAGAGAGAUGGUGCAGAGGUAUGACACCGGUGACCCCGCACAUUGACUCU